AUGAGUGUAGACGAUGAAAAUGAUGAUCGAAUGCUUGAAGCAAUGGUCAACAAUUCACUAUUACCAACAAAUCAAUUAAAAGAAUGUACAUCCAAAGAAGAAGCUGAUUUAAUAUUACGUAUACGUCGAACAAUACUUCAUUUAGAUGAAGAUUCAACAAAUGAUCGAUCAUCACCAAAAAAUGAUACAAUAUUAUCAUCAUCACCAACAACAUCAACAAUAGCAUUAUCAACUGCAACAUUAGAUUUUAAAAUUGAACGUGCAAAACAAAAAUAUGCAGCUGGAAGUCUUGAAGAAGCAUUUUAUGAAUGUUGGAAAAUUCCAUCCGAACAACGACCACUUGAAAUAUGGAAAUUAGGUGGUGAAUGUUGUAAAAAAUUACGUGUUUUUGCUGUUGCACAACGUUGGUUUUCUGAAGCUAUUCAUGUUUGUCGUUCAAAUAAUACUGAUUUAAAUAUUAAACUUGAACAAGCACGUAUUGCUCGAUUUUUUAAUAAUUAUCUAACACAAUAUCCAAUGAUUGAUAUACGUAUUGAUCAACGUGGCAAAGGUAUUUAUGCUAAACGUGUGAUAUCACCAGGCGAAGACAUUUUUACUGACAUUCCUAUUGUUCAUGCACAAACAGUUGAUACUUUAUCAAUAUCACCAUCAUGCACAACAUGUACAACAUCAUUACUUACUCCAGUCGUUUAUUUUGAAGCAUCAUGGUCGCGUAUGCCAGAGAAAUUACAACGACAAAUAGAAGAAUAUUGGCCAACUAUUACACCUAUAUCAUGUCCAUAUUGUCCAUACGAAUUAUAUUGUUCAGAAUUAUGUCGUGAUAAAGCAUGGAAUAGUUAUCAUCGAAUUUUAUGUCCAUCAAUAAAUCCUGAAACAACUGAACUCUAUCAAUUUUGUGCUAAUAAACAAAUAAUUGUACGUGAAACAUGGAAUUCUAUAUUUUCACCUAUGGUUUUAGCUAAAUUAAUAGCAAUGAUUAUUCUUAAUAUUGUUAAUUCUGUUCAAGACAACGAUACAUCAAAUGGAAUUGACUUAAAUCAUUCAUAUACAGUUGAAGAAACAGAUGAAGGUCCAUUAGAACAUGCAAAAGAAACCUUUUCCGAAUUUAUAUCAUCAGGUGAUCCAACAUAUAUUCGUACAAUUCCACGUAUGCUCAAAAUCAUGCGAAAUAUAUUUAAUCAUCCAUCAAUGCCAGUACAUUAUGAAUUCAAUGAACAAGAAUUUAAUUAUCGAUUUUAUCAAAUAGCAUGUAAUGCUCAGAGUUUUUCUUCUCCAACAUAUGCAACAACGAUAUAUACACGUUUUUUAUAUAAUAUUAGACAACGUGAUAAAAGUGGCUUAUAUAAAACAUUACAAACAUAUUUAAAAGGUGAACCUGUUGAUCAAGUGUUUGGUGGUCUUUUUCCACUUCAAUCUUCAAUAAAUCAUUCAUGUGACAAUUCUUGUGAAAUUAUGGAUUGUCAAGUUACACCAGAAGCUGCUGGUAUUAAAGUUCGUUGUAAACAUCAACUUAAACCAGGAGAUGAAUUAACUAUAAAUUAUGUUGAUUUAGCACUUGGACGUCGUGCUCGACGUGCUAUGCUUAAACGUGCAUAUAAUUUUUGGUGUGAAUGUCAACGAUGUACAUUUGAAGGUGAUGAUGCAUAUUCAUGUACAGAAUGUAAAACACUUUCACCUGUUAUUGAUAAUCCAAAUCCAAAUUUAACAAAUGAUAAUGCACCAUUUCGUAAACCAUUUCCAGCUUGUAGUCGAUGUCGUAAUGCAUGGUAUUGCUCAUCAGCAUGUCAAAAACAAGCAUGGAAACAAGGACAUAAACUUAUAUGUAGAGAUUGGACAAAAGAAAGAAGUUCAUCAUCAGCUAAUUAA